AUGGAAGGGCCCGAAGGGGCAUCAAACCACCCCACAGACUCCAGGGAGUACACAGAUGUGCCACAAACAGAACACGAAACAUUAUUUACGAAAAGAGCCAGAGACAAGAUAAAUAAAGAGAGGAAAAACUUGUCCCUCGACACCAAUGCUCGCAGGCCCUCAGGAUCCUCAACCAGCCCUAGAAGCCCUAUCACCCUAAAAAUAAAAAGAGGUAUACAUCACCCAUACAAACAUGUGAGUACCCCAAAGCCGAAAGAGCAUUAUAAAUCGUCAAGUAAAGACAGACACGAUUCUCGAGAGAGAUCUCAAAAAUCCCACGAGAAAACACAAAAAUCGUCGAAAAGUCAUAGCUACAGUAGAGAUAGAGGGGAUGUGGAACGCAAUAGGGCCGAUUUGCACCCUCCCUCAACAGAUGACAACAAAAUAACCCCUAAAAACACAGUAGAACUUUUCGCCGAAAAAAUGGACGAAAGCAAUGAUUUUUACACCCCACCUCAAGAAGCCGCACAGGACCCAUCAUAUUCAUCUGGAUUGACACCAGGUUACUCCCCGGACAGUGAUCCUACCGCCCGGUAUCAAAGUGCGGAAAACUCGCCGCUUAACGCCAGUGUCAUUAACACGUUUGACAGUGCCUAUGGUCUCGCGACAAUUAACACGGGAAUUUCGGACACGACAGUGAACAGCGCGAAAACGGACGCCAUCACGGACCCAACCCUUCAAAGUGCCGACCUAACCCUAAAAAAUAUCGACAACGUGCUAAAAAACAUGUCGGAAAAUCCGCUAAAACAAAGUGAAGUGCCGGCUCCGGUCAAACCCGUUGAUAAGUUCGUGUCACAAUACGAAACCCUUGCAUUACCGAGCAAAGUCACGGCUAAAGUGCUAAAUUUCGGCGGAGAAUCUCAACCCCCUACCUCAAGUGAAGAUGAGAGAGCGAAACAGCCAAAACAAGUGCUUUUUACCGCUAUAAAAAAAGUAGUAACACCCCCUACUGCUAAACCUCUUCUUACAAAAAGAAAACAAACUUCACCAGCCCAAGAAAAAAACGACACAGAAGGGGGAGACGAAACCGAUCCAGUAGACACAGACGGUUUUGAAAAGCCAAAAAAAUACAAGAAGUUCAAGACAAACUUUGUCAAAUUACUUGAACAAAAAGCGGCAGCCUCAAUUCAAACCAGCAAUAAGCAAAGCUACCCCCAAUCUCCCGAUCAAAGGCAAAUCGGGCACGGACGCACAGAAAACCACGCAACCCUUACAAAAGAUUUAAAGGCCAUAAUACAAGGGAAAUAUACAGUAAAAUAUACUAAUGCCACGACUGUAAUAUUCACAGAAACCCUGGAGGAUUACGAGGCACUAUUAGGCAGCAUCAAGCAGGCACAAAUCUCCCACCACACCUACACCAAUAAGACAGACAAAACCCAUGCCUUCGUCCUGAGAGGCCUGGCCGACGGGACAGAAAUAGAGGCUAUAGAAGAAGAUCUCAUAGCUUCUUAUGAAAUCAAACCAAAAGAAAUAUUUAAAAUGACGACCAAGUACCGACCACUAUUUUUAGUAGUGACUGACCCGGCCAUAACACUCGACUACCUCAACAAAAACGUAAGGGUAGUCGAGAACACUCGUAUAAUUUGGGAACUACGAAAAUCUCAAAGAAGCAUCAUUCAAUGCCAUAGAUGCCAGGCAUGGGGGCAUGCCACCUCGAACUGUGGUAGGCCGCCGAAAUGCCUCAAGUGCGCCGGAGACCACCUCACCCGCACAUGUAUAAAGACGAGGGAAACCCCAGCGACAUGUGCGAAUUGUCUGGGGGACCACCCUGCCAACUUCACACAGUGUAAAGCGUACACGGAACGAGCUAGCAGACUAGAAGAGAGGAGGCUCACCCAAGCCCCUACCCGUAAAUACAUCCCUGCACCCCUUCCUACAUCCAAUGUCUGGAAUAAGGCAAAUACUAACCCGAAAAAAGAAGAUUUCCCUGCUUUACCCACCACAAGUAGGCAAAGCACACAAAAAACCCAACCACAGCAAACCAGAAGACAGUCACAAACCCCUAACCAAUCAGAGGGCACAAUGGACGAUAUAUUCACCCUAAACCAGGAAUUAAAGGAACUAAAUAGUAUGGUAAACAUAGCAGAACUCACUCGUGCUGUCAGAGAGCUAAAUGCCCAACUCCGUAAGUGUAAUAACGACCCAGCCCAAUACUUAAUGACUUUUAAUAACUUCAUGACAAAUUUAGAUAAAUUCAACAUUAGGAACUAA